CUUCAUACAUCUCUCUUCACCAUCACACACUGGCAUAGAUCUCUAGCACCCGAAAAAAAAAAAUGCAAGUGACUGCCCACUACUCUCUUCCAAAGCCUCUAUGCUGCUCAGCAUCUCUGUCUCCUUCUUUCUUUAUUAAUUCUAAAACUUCUCUUCUCCCCUCUCAUUCUCUUAAUUUUAUUUACUGUAAGAGCCUCUCCACACAGCUAUAUGGUCUUAGAAUCAAAGCUAGGCAGCGGAGGAAGGUUUCUCCUGUAUUUGCCUCAACAGAGAAUAAUGUAGAACGAUGGCUUCUUGAACCUAUAGGUGAUGGAGACACUAGGCACAUAGGAUUUAAAGUUGCAAGGCCAGGUGCAUACGAAAUAGCUUCUAGUGUGGUGACUGUUGGGCGUCUUCCAGAUAAAGCCGACUUGGUAAUUCCAGUUGCAACAGUAUCCGGUUUGCAUGCCCGCAUUCAGAAGAAAGAGGGGGGCCUUAUAGUAACAGACUUGGACAGCACAAAUGGAACAUUUAUUGAUGACAAGAAGCUCAGCCCUGGUGUUGCUGCCCCUGUAUCACCAGGAAGUUGUAUUACAUUUGUAGUAUGAAAGAGCCAGAAACAUCAACUUCCACCUUAGUGACAAACUUGAACCUAUGAGGCAAACAUCACAAGUCAGAGAGAACCUUUCAGCCUCAGAAAAGUUAACCAAAGGCUUGGGAAGAUUGAAUAAACGAUCGCAUCAAAUGCAUCCCUAUUUGUUUUCAUUACACAGGUUUGGCAAAACUCCCAAUAUUGAAUGUUCCUGAUAAAAACAGCACUCCGAUAUUGCAUCUUCAUCCCCCACCACCUCCACAUAAUCCUUCAUCCAAUGCUUUUGUUUGUCAUAUAUCAGAAUGGAUGCCUCCAUGAACAAGGCAUCUCCAUACCAAAGGGACUUUCAGUAAUUUUGCCUGUGCACCUUUACACACUUUGAACCCACAACCAACAUAAUCCCCAACAAGCCUGUAUAGAGUGCAAUUAUCAAAUAUCCCUAAACCUCAAACAGGAUAACACUUUUUCUUGAGUGGUGGCAUCAGGUUUUAGCUUGUGAUGAAUUGAAUAUUAGCUCUAAAUGCUACUUGGCUGAGUACAACCAUGUCUUAGGAACCAAAGGUCCCAGCUUUGGCCCUAGCCAAGCUUCUCAUAUCACUAAGUGGCUUGAGGAAGCUGCAUUAGAAUGUGAUCCUUUUCUUGUCACAGUUCAAUCCAUAUUAAAGUGAGCAUCACUUACAUGCAAUUUCCUUACCCAAUCUCUUUGUACAUGGUCAGUGUUUUAACACUCUUUUACGUUUAGGAAUGAUCCCUCCUCUUUAAUGGAUUCGCUAGCUUCUUUUCCAUGACAGAAAGUCAAAUAUUUAAAUACAUGGCAUCUAACAUAGUCCUUCACAAGCAUAUGGUUUGUUGUGGCAUCUGUAGUGCUCAAUUGACAUACUGAAUAUCAGGCCACAUGGUGGAAAGAAAGUUAAAAAUCCAGUUACUUUCAGCAUGGCCUGUCAUUACCCUAAAUAAAGUGAAUACUUUGUCAAUGGUGUGAAGAGCCUCCUUUCUUGUAAAACUACAUUUCCUUGUAUCUCUACAAAUAUUUAAAGUCACGAGGGGAAAAAGUUAUAAGAUUGAGAUUGAUUGGUAAAAAUUACACUGGAUAAGUAAAGAUGCAAGGAAGGGUAUAGGGCAUCCCUUGAAGCAUGGCUUAUGGUUCAGGGUGAAGAUAAUAGGACUAAGAAUUGAUUCUCUCUCAUGCAGGGAUGUAAGUAAUAUUCGUUGAACCAUGUUAAAACCCCAUCCAUAUAUCUCUAUGCAUGGGUUUGCUUGAAUGUCUAUGUUAUUGUACCAACAAGUAGCAUUGACCAAAAGCUUACUAUGUGACCAAAAACUUGUUUUAUUUUUGUGUUCAUUAUCAAUUUUGCUGAUCAAAUAGGUGUUUUGAACAGGAUUUGUAAUAAACCUCCAAAACUCAACUAUAAUUCACUCUCUAUGAAUUUCUAGACCUCCAUCUUUAUUGACUGAAGUGAGGUUUAUUUGGU